CGCCAAUUUAGGACUGCGCGUUAUGAAUGCUGCUUGGGUGUGUGCUUUUGUCAUGAACGGUCCAACGGCACAAACAACAAUGCGCUGGACCAAGUUAUAAGGCCGCGCGGGGCCUGAAGCGAAAGCUUCUUCGACUGUUUUCUCUCCCUCUCUAACCAUGACCAUCGUCGGCGGAAUCACGACUCGUUUGCGUAGCAACUCUUUAUUCAAGGGGAAGAAGAAGUUGCGCCACUCUGCGUCGAUGCCCCUGGACCUGUUAUACAAUGGAUACGACUUCGCCCAUCCCCAUGACCCAACGUUCGUGCCUGCAGGCGAACGCGUGGACGAGCCUGGCGCUUGCCACACAAUGGAGGGGACCCCGGGAGCGUCGCAAGAGACCCUAGUGCCACCCAUCGAUCGCGCUGCCCCCCGCGAGGGCGAGGCGAGCUCGUCGCACACAGUCGACCAGAAGACCUCGUCGGUGGAGCCGAUGGACUCUAUAGAGUCCCUGCGCGAAAGCUUCAAGCUCUUGGACGAGUUCCCUCAGGUCACUGUUAUGGUCCUCCCCGAUACAUACGUCGUCCCUGAUGGUUUCCCUACGGAGGACCAGUUGUUACUCCCGAACAUGACCGACGAGCAGCGUUGGAGGGUAAACGGGAUCGUGUCUCUCAGGAGAGGGAUGAAGGAAGGGUUGGUUCAGGGUGGCACGUCGUACACGCGCAGGCAGCGGGUGCACUGCCGCACGAUGUCCGCGGGGCAGUCGUACUCGCGGCCCACACACAUCGCGUACCCGGACCUAUUCCCUGCGCAGGCCCCCGAGCCUAUACACGCCCGAGUGGCACGCUCGGACCUGCAACGUUCUGUGAGCGACAGGGUGCCCACCCGCCGCCACGAACACUACUCUCGGCAAGGCGCACAAAGCGUCCCGCUCGACGUCAGGGAUCCGCCGCCGCGCCACGAAUCGCUGCCGCGCCCCGGAUCGCCCCCACGCCAGGAAUCGAAGGAGCUCCAUCGGUCUGGGAGCACGAAGUCGACCACCCCACACUCGCCGCUGCGGCGGAAGCGCGCGCAGCUCGAGCUUCGGCCGGGGCACAAGCCGAAUGCACUCUCGGACUCUGUGUUGACGUCUCCGCCUGAGCGGUGGCCUCUGCUAUCGAGGGCCGUGUCCGCUUCGGAUAGGUCACGAAAGUUGCAUAGACCGGGCCCGCCAAGGAUAUGAAGCGCAGAUAAACGCCGCCGAGGACGACUUCUAACGCAGCAUGGGCGUAGACCGUCCUGAUACCCUGGGAAGGCAAGGCUUCACCCUGCUUCAGGCUUCAUGGCAAGCGCGGCCACCCACGCAUACUUUAUGAAUGAACCACUAAUGCUACGAACGACGCCCUUGAUGAGUACACGAUCAGUUACGAGUAGACACGAAUGGAUGGUUGCAGACGUACCAUGUAUUUUUAUGCCAGCGGGUCUGGACAAAGAGACGAUCGUAAACCAACAGAGCGUUUGAUG